AUGGGAGGGCUGAAGGUUUUUUUUGGCGCCUCAAACAUCGCAAUUGCGAUCCAUGGUUGCAAAUAUCUUCUCAAAACCUUAAAAACCCGAAAUUCUAAACUCCUGUCGUUCACGCUUCCGGACUCUCUGCAGCAGAAUGGGGUUGCUGAGCGCCGCAUUGGCUUAGUCAUGGAGGUUGCUCGUACCUCCAUGAUCCAUGCGGCUGCCCCCCAUUUUCUGUGGCUGUUUGCGGUCCGGUACGCCGCGCAUCAGCUCAACCUCUGGCCCCGUGUCUCCUUGCCGGAGACCUCGCCCACACUGCUGUGGACGGGGAAGGUUGGCGAUGCGUCGCGUUUCCGGGUCUGGGGUGCUCGUGCCUUUGUCCGCGAUACCACUGCGGACAAGCUCUCCGCCCGUGCAGUUCCCUGUGUCUUCCUUGGCUUUGUCCCUGACGCGCCUGGUUGGCAGUUUUACCACCCCACCUCGCGCCGUGUCUUUGCGUCUCAGGACGUCACGUUCGAUGAGUCGGUUCCCUUUUACCAUCUCUUCCCCUACCGCACUGCCCCUCUCCCUCCCCCGCCGCUCUUCCUCGCUCCGGGUGCUCCCCAGGUAGACCCCCUCCCCGCUCCCGGUCCUGCUCCUUCAGGUGUGUCUCAGGUAGACCCUCCUCCCUUCCCUGCGCCGGUUGAGGUCACUGGUGACUCAGGUCCUACUGGGGGUGGUCCUGCUCGGGGUGCUACUUCUGGGGGUGCUGAGCCUGGGGGUGCGGAGCUUGAGAGUGUGGAGCCUGGAGGUGCUGAGCCUACGUGUGAGGGGUCUGGAGGUGCUGGAGCUAGUGGUUCUGGGGCUGCUGAGGGUGCGGGCGCUGGAGGUUCUGGAGCUGCUGGAGGUCCUGGUGCUGGUGGCGCUGGAGCUGGUGGUUCUGGGGCUGCUGAGGGUGCGAGCGCUGGAGGUUCUGGAGCUGCUGGAGGUCCUGGUGCUGGUGGCGCUGGAGCUGCUGAGGGUGCUGGCGCUGAGGGUUCAGAGUCUGCUGUUGCGCGGUCUCCUUGGAGUAGCCGCCUUCGUCCACGUGUGCCUCUCACCUCCCAGCAGCUGCACGACUGGUACGGUCGCCGUCAGGGUCGCGCUGCUGGAGCCCGGGGCUCUACUGCUGGAGGUACUUCUGCUGACGUCCCUGGAGCUAGGAGUGGUGCUGGUACUUUGUCUACUGGUGGUGCUGGAGUCGCUGGUCCCGGAGGUGCUUGUACUGGAGGUACUGGAGCUGCUGGGGCUGGGGGUGCUGCGUCUGGAGGUGCUGCUGCUGGAGACACCGAGGCUGGAGACCCUGGGACUGGAGGUGCUGGUUCUGGGGGUGCUGCUGCUGGAGACGUGGAGGCUGGAGACCCUGGGACUGGAGCUGAUGCUGGUUCUGGGGGUGCUGCUGCUGGAGGCACUGGGGUUGGAGACCCUGGGCCUGGAGGUGUCGGUUCUGCUGCUGGAGGUGCUGGAGCUGCUGGAGGUACUGGAGCUGCUGGAGCUGCCGACAGGUAG